GCAGGUCACAUGAAUGAAGGGGUGUGUGUGUUUGAGGACGUCAACAGGGCUGUGUUCACACAUUUUCAACUCCCUUUCCCCAACUCCUUUAUUUCUUAAUGAUCAGAAAAGCAGACCACAAAAAGGAAGCCGCACCCGUGCAGCGGAUCAUCACUGUAUGUGCAAGAAGAACGAAAGUAUACCAGAAAUAGGAGUGGACUGCUUUGCCUAGCUCUGCAUCACGUUUCAGUUGAUCUCAGCAACUGAAAUAGUUAACCCAGGAAAUGCCUAAAGCCAAGCUGGGAGAGAUCAUCAUCUGUGAAUUCUUCAGGAAGAGGAGCAGCAAAUCAAAGAGAUGAAAAGCAAAGGCUUGACAAACCAUAGGAGUAGGAACAGCCUAUAGACGCUAUAAAACGGUACAAUGAGAAAGCAUACAGCAUAUAUUUGCAACAGUACUGACAAAACAAAACUGUCUCAUUCAGUCCAAGGGAAAGCUGGUAUUAAAAGGGGACUUUGACGAAGAAAAAAGAAAAACCCAUCUCAAAAUAUCUUUAAUGCAUCACUAAAGAAAAUCACACAAGUUUGGACUACUUUGAAGGUUUCCACAUAUCUGGACAGAGUUUACUCAGAGGCUUGACAAAUCCAAAGAACCCAAAGAAAUCAUGCGAUGGAAGCGGAGGCACAGAUACUGCAGUGUCGCACUUUUCCUCAUUGUGCUCGUGUUUGUGGGAGGACUCUUUUAUCAGGGUCAGUGGCACUGUAAAAUCACCCAGGAGACACUUGCUACUCAAGAGCUCCAAACCAUAAAAACCUCCUUCAACUUCUCCAUGACAGAUCUAUUAAGGUUGAAGGAGCUUGAAGAGUACUCUAAACUACUGACAUCAAGUUUGCAGCAGAAGUUGGAAAACUCCUCGCUUUUGAACAUCAGUUUGAAUGACGAGAUGAGAGUGGCAAAGAUAGUUCAAGAUGAACCUUAUGAGUACAUCCUUAACGAACCAUUCUCAUGUCUGCUGCGAGCUCCUUUCUUAGUGCUUUUGAUUUCAGUUGAGCCCAAGAAAACAGAUGCCAGGGAUGCCAUCAGGAAAACGUGGGCCAAUGAAAGUGUGGCUUGGGGUUUGGGUAUCGUCCGGCUUUUUUUCAUAGGUGUAAAUCAAGACACACAACGAAAUGGCAGCAAACUACAGCACACAAUAGAAUUAGAAAGUGACCGGUAUCAUGACAUCAUCCAACAAGAUUACAGGGACACUUACAACAACCUUACCCUAAAAACGCUGAUGGGGAUGUACUGGAUAACAAAGUACUGUCCCAAGGCCAAAUAUGUCAUGAAGACCGACAGCGAUAUGUUUGUCAACACCGAAUACCUCAUGGAGAAAAUCCUAAAGCCCAAAGGGCAACAGACACAGAAGUAUUUCACCGGACUUCACAUGACAGGCUUCUUCCCAAACCGAAACAACGAGAGUAAAUGGUAUAUGCCCCCAAAAGUGUUCCCUGGUAGGCGAUACCCCACCUUUUGUUCUGGGACUGGAUACAUCUUCUCAGGUGAUGUGGCUCAAAGGAUAUAUGUGGCAUCUCUGACCAUACCCAGACUGCAUUUAGAAGACGUUUACGUGGGUAUUUGUCUAGCUAAACUGAAGAUAGAGCCAGAGCCGCCACCAAAUGAACAUCUGUUCAAUCACUGGCGAGUGCCCUACUCUAGCUGUACGUACAGCAACCUGAUCACCUCCCAUGGGUUUCACCCCAAUGAGCUGAUCCAGUACUGGCAGGACCUGCAGAGCAACAAGCACAUUCCCUGCCAAACAACCGGAUGAAACGUUCAAU